AUGGGGUGGAAGGCCGCGGAGAAGCUCAUCAGGCACUGGAAGAUCCUCCGCGGCGACAACGUGAUGAUCAUAAGGGGCAAGGACAAGGGGGAGAGCGGGCUGAUCAAGCGGGUCAUCCGGUCGCAGAAUCGCGUCAUCGUCGAGGGCAAGAAUCUGGUUAAGAAACAUAUUAAGCAAGGGGAAGGACAAACAGGUGGGAUCUUCUCAAUGGAAGCUCCACUUCAUGUUUCAAAUGUACAAGUAAUUGAUCCAGUCACCGGGAAACCAUGCAAGACUACAUACAAGUAUUUGCCAGAUGGGACUAAAGUAAGGGUCUCUAGAGGAAUGAAUGCGUCUGGUGCUGUCAUACCUCGGCCAGAAAUUUUGAAGGAGAGAAAAAAGCCAAGACCCACAUCUCAUGGCCCAAAGGACACACCAAUUGAGCAUGUGCUGGAGAAGACCUAUGAUGCCAAAGCUGGAAUUGAGGUACAACCUCUGCAAAAACAGGAGAAGAACAAGGAUGAACAGAGAGGGCAGUGCCAAAAAUGA